CAUAUUUAAAACCUCUCUCCACUCCGUCCUCUCCCCAACCACUGGAAGUCUUGCCGUCUCUAAAUGGAAUUAGUGGAGAUCGGAGCCUCUGGUGUAAGGAACAGACAUGAUCUAUGGACGCAGUUUGUUUCACAUUGUAGCAAGUUUAAUCAUCCUCCAUUUGUCUGGGGCAACCAAGAAAGGAACAGAAAAGCAAGCCACCUCCGAAACACAGAGGUCUGUGCAGUGCGGCACUUGGACAAAACAUGCGGAUGGAGGCAUCUUCACCUCGCCCAACUACCCGAGCAAGUACCCUCCUGACCACGAGUGCAUCUACAUCAUAGAAGGUGAGGGGGGCGGCGCCAGAGCUGGAGAGGACACUGGGCCAAGUCUGGCCAUCUCCAAGCUUUGGAUGGAAAAUAUGCACCCAGACAUUACAAAAAUUGGUUUUGGAGACCAUAAUCCUGACUUUAAGGACCUUGGAGUUUUGAAACCAUUGCCAGUGUGUGAGUUCGAGACGGGCGGCCCGGAAGGCAUCGUGGAGUCUGUGCAGAUUACGAAGGAAGGCAAGGCGUCCGCGAGCGAGGCCGUCGAUUGCAAGUGGUACAUCCGAGCACCUCCACGGUCCAAGAUCUACUUACGAUUCUUGGACUACGAGAUGCAGAAUUCAAACGAAUGCAAGAGGAACUUUGUGGCCGUGUACGACGGGAGCAGCGCGGUGGAGGACCUGAAGGCGAAGUUCUGCAGCACCGUGGCUAACGACGUGAUGCUCCGCACCGGCCUGGGGGUCAUCCGCAUGUGGGCCGACGAGGGCAGUCGCAACAGCCGAUUUCAGAUGCUCUUCACGUCCUUUCAAGAACCUCCCUGCGAAGGCAAUACAUUCUUCUGCCACAGUAACAUGUGUAUUAACAACACAUUGGUCUGCAAUGGACUCCAGAACUGUGUGUACCCUUGGGACGAAAAUCAUUGUAAAGAGAAGAGGAAAGCCGGCCUGCUGGACCAGCUGACCAACACCAGUGGGACUGUCAUUGGCGUGACUUCCUGCAUUGUGAUCAUCCUUAUUAUCAUUUCUGUCAUUGUGCAGAUCAGACAGCCUCGUAAAAAAUAUGUCCAAAGGAAAUCGGACUUUGACCAGACCGUUUUCCAGGAGGUGUUUGAGCCUCCUCAUUAUGAGUUAUGCACCCUCAGAGGGACAGCAGCUACAGCUGACUUUGCAGAUGUGGCCGAUGACUUUGAAAACUACCACAAACUGAGGAGGUCCUCUUCCAAGUGCGUUCAUGACCAUCACUGUGGAUCGCAACUGUCCAGCACGAAAGGCAGCCGCGGCAGCCUCAGCACGAGAGACGCUUCCGUCCUGACGGAGAUGCCCCCGCAGCCCGCCAAGCCCCUCGUCCCGCCCGUGAGCAGAAGAAACAUCCUUGUCAUGAAACACAACUACUCCCAGGAUGCUGCAGACGCCUGUGACAUUGACGAGCUCGAGGAGGUGCCCACCACCAGCCACAGGCUGUCCCGACACGACAAAGCCGUCCAGCGGUUCUGCCUCAUUGGGUCUCUAAGCAAACAUGAAUCUGAAUACAACACAACUAGGGUCUAAAAAGAGAAUUCAAGAGAAGAACUAUUUAUACAAACAUGGGGACUGUGAAAAGAAAAUUCUAUAGUGAAUUGUGAAAAGUGGACAUAUUUCUAAAUUCAUUCCACUGCCUUUACCCAAACUUAAGAAUUACAGACAUUUGUUAUUCCUUCGGCAAGACAUCCCAGCUGCACAAUGAUAUGUUCAUUUCGUAAUUUGGUUGCUGGCCACCAAGUGCUCCUUAGUCUUUAAAUACAUUUUGAGAUUUACUGGAAACUUGAAGAAGAAAUUAGUUCCUGAUUAAGACUAUCCCAACUUUAUUUUUACCGUCAGUUUCACUUUGUUUCUAUGUUGUUUUAUGUCUUUGUUAGAUAACUGUACAUUGUGUGAUAUGUGAAAAAACACGAUUUUGGAUGAACUUUGUGUUACAUGUACAUUGUUUCCAUUAUAUAGACUGCUUGAGAAUAGUGCGUUCCAGAGUGAUUUUGAACAUGCUACAGUGAAAAGUGAGAAUAUGGACCAUGGAAACACCAGCUAGAGGUUUUAUGGACUAUAAACAUCUGUGGUUGUAUUAUGAUUAAAUACAGCCAAAAGUGAUGAGUAAAAUUUCUAGACUGCAA